AUGUCUCUUCAACGUAAGGUAGCCAUUGUAACGGGCGCAGCUCGCGGCAUCGGAGCUGGUAUUGUACUGGCACUGGCUAAAGAGGGAGCAAGUGUAGCUUUCAACUAUGUCUCCCCGUCGUCCGAGGAAGCCGCUGCCAACUUGGUGAAGGAAGUACAGGCGAUUGGAGCCCGCGCAGUCUGCGUCCGGGUCGACAUGGCCUCGCCCGAGGCUCCCUUGGUUCUGCUGAAAACCACUUUGAGGGAAUUUCAGACAGAAAGAAUCGAUAUCCUGGUCAAUAACGCGGGUCUUGGAGGAAACGCGCCUUUGGAAGAAGUUACAAUCGAAGAGUACGAUCGGUUGAUGACAGUCAACGUCAGGGCCGUUAUCUUCAUGACUCAGGCUAUUCUGCCACACAUCAAUCGGGGCGGACGCAUUGUCAACCUGUCCUCAGUUUCCGCUCGAGGAGGCUACCCAACACAAUCCAUCUACGCUGCAUCUAAGGCGGCCGUUGAGGGGCUCACUAGAGUUUGGGCAACGGAGCUCGGUCAUAAAUACGGCGUAACGGUGAAUUCAGUCAAUCCCGGCCCGGUCGAUACAGACAUGUACCGGGCUGCGGGACUCGUUCAUCUCGCCAGGAUGGAGGAGAAAAACAAAAAGGUUCCUGCUGAUCCUCGAUGCGGCACAGUAGAGGAUGUUGCCGACAUUGUUGUGUUCUUGUGCGAAGAACGAUCUCGUUGGGUCACUGGAGAUACCAUUUGCGCUAACGGAGGCAUGGUAUACACAUAG